GGACGACGUUCCUUUGGUCGCCUCACUUUGAAGCUGCGGGUCCAUUGGAGUCCUGGUUGGCAGUAGCUAGCAGUAACUAGUUAGCUGGAAGUGUAUUGGUUGGACAAAGGGACGAAGGUUCUGUCAGAAUACGCUCCCGUAACUAUUUCCAACUGGAACUGCCAGCCAGAGAGUCGAACCCGGGUUUGUUUUGUGUCUUUGUGCCGGAUCCCAAUAAUAAUAAUUAUUAUUGAUGUCGCGAUACGAGGAUCCUGCACCGGGUCAAACCAGUCCCAAUUCUCAUCAUUCCUUCAUCCUUAGUGGCCCUGCGGGUUCACUCUCCAAUCACUGCCUUAAUAACUUCAUGGUUAUUCAACGUCGACAUGCUCGUAUUGGCUGCGGCUUCAUGCACGGCUGCAUCCCCCAAUCCAGCUAGAAGGAAUUUCUGCUCCGUUUUAUAGUCCUGCUUGUCCUCUCUUCGCCCUCCGCCGAUUGCUCUUCUCUCGGCCUUCCCUUUCACUCCCUCCCGAAAUACAUACAGACAUUUUGUCAGGACAGUCCUGCAAAGGCUUCGCUAUCAGAUCAGAAGAUCAGGAAGUCUUCUCUCUGACUAUCUAUCCCUCUUAUUACCUGCCUUCUCCCCAAAAUCCCUCUCUCUCGUAACUCCUUCAAGGAGCCAGGACCAGGACCGGAACCACAUCCACCACAACCACAACCACAACCACGACUCCAACUACAACACUUAGAUAACACGAUUUGAGGCACAUCUAAACAUAGCCAUGGCCCCUACUUUCGACGAUAGCCUCUUCACAUCGGCUCUCACCUCCUCCCGGAACGUCUUUUUGGCCAACAAUGCACAUCUCCCCGAGUUGGAACGUGAACAACUUUGGAGCCAACUCCUCAUCUCAUUCAUGCCUCAUCAAAAUGUACUCGCCGGAAACACGUUGAAAAACGGCGAUGCGAGUGGAACCCCGGACCCUGCUGCCAAACGAUCCUGGGAAGAUGUGCCGCGCACGAUAGCUUCAGCAUCACCUCCAGCCAAACGGCGAGCCACCGUAGGUCACCACUUCUUUGGUUUUCAUGUCCCUUCUUCUUGUCUCCUCUUCACUGGUUUAACAUCGGCUGCAUGUAGACUCCGGAAUCUCAAACCGCGGUUGAUCCAAGUCGCCCAGUUCCCCAACGUGCAUCUCCUGCCACUGUCCGUGUGAACCGUCGCCUCUCGACCAGGUCGCGAAACGGGGGUUCACCACUCCAGAAAGCCGGAAAGCUCCCCAAUGUGUCAUCUCCACACUCACUAGGCGUCCCGGUUUCGGCCACUACCCCCCCGACACCUUUGGCUCCUAAGCAACAGUAUUCCCUCCAAGCCCAACAGCUAAACAUCAGCAAUAUUCACGAAUACUCCCCUUCGGAGUACGCCCAGCAGCAGUCUUUGGAUGGUCUUCCUGACUCACCAUUCAUGUUUGAGCCCGGCCCCGAGUCCUCCCCGUUGAGCAACGAGAAGUGGCAGUAUACCACCCCCUUCUCUGACGGUUUGGUUCCCCCACCAUCUCGAAAUUAUUCGAGAAGUAACUCGACCGCAGCUGUUGAGAUGAGUCGAACUGCAACAACAGAUUCUCUCUGCGGAGGAAUGGGUAUGAUCCGGUUCGAUUCGACCGGAUCAGUGCCUAACAAUCUGGCAACGCUAGAUGAUCAUUCUUCUUCCUCUCAUCUCUCUCAUCAGUCAUUAAACAUAAACAAUGACGCUAAUUAUUGCAUUGCCCCAUCUCCUAUUUCGAAUUUUCGUUCGAGUAGUAACAUGAAUAAUGUUCGCUUUUUUUCUCAAUCGUUGCCUGAAUCCAGGCCUGCUUUCCCUAACAUUUCUCCUUCUACUUCCCUUGCUUGUUCCCCGUCGUCCUCAUCCCCCCUUUCUUUAACUCCUUCAUCUUCUGAGAUGAAGCAUUCUCUGUCUAGCGCGAGCGAUAGCUCGUCGCUGUCAAAUCAGUCUAGGGCUGUGCGGAGGACUCAGGAGCAAAUUGUGCAAGGCACACGGCGUAUCGCCCCAAAACAAGAAAAGAAAACUGCUUCACACUCAAAAGUUGCAGAGCACACAAUGCUUAGGAUUUCGUCGGAAGAUGGCACGUCACGAGAAGUAGCCGCAAUUCCAAAAGCCUCUGUUCACCGUCCCGCCAGAACGAAGACUUACUGUGGUAACUGCAAGGAACACCCAGAUGGCUUUCACGGCGAACACGAGUUGAGGAGGCACGUUGAGCGUGUCCACUCAAUGGUCCGCAAAGUCUGGGUGUGUGUUGACAUCUCGCCUGACAAGCAGUUCCUCGCAAACUGCAAGGCUUGCCGUAACGGAAAACGGUACGGCGCCAACUACAAUGCCGCCGCUCACCUUCGACGCACCCACUUCAACCCAUGUCAGCGUGGGCGCGGAGGCCGCGGAAAAGACAGCGAAAAACGCGGUGGUAAAGGUGGCGGCGUUCUUCCUCCCAUGGAUGUGCUAAAGCAUUGGAUGGAACAACGAGAAGAAUAUGUCAUCGACAACGUCAUCGACAGUGACAACGUGGCUGAGGAAAAUAUCGCUGCCAGUCCCUCCGAACCCAACGACAGCAAGGGCUACACAAAUGACUCCCAAGACCAGAACGACAGCCGAAACCCAAGUCAAUCGGACGAGGUCUCUAUCACACCAGAAACAACCACAGAUCUUUACUCAACGAUGACUAUCGACCUUGACGACCUCAACGCGACGACUUCGAACUCAGAUCUCUAUGGUCAGGGGUUCCCUAGUGGGUAUGAUGGUGUUGAACAAAUGUCGAUGAAUGUUCUUGAUUCAUCAUCCUUCUUCGAUCCGUCUCUGUUCGAUGCUCAUCAGUUGGGUGGGCUCGACCCCUUUAUUCCCGUUAUGUUGUAGAACACCGUUGGUCUACGAGCCCAAAAUUUCUUCUUCUAUUUCAAUCUCCUCUACUUCUAUUUCAGCUUUCUCUUCUUUUUCGACUUGUCUAAUUCGUUUCUUUUCUUUUCUUUUUCUUUUUUCUUUUUUCUCAUUCUACUUUUUCGUGUACUUUUUUCUCUUUUUCUCUGUUCCUCUUUCACUUUGUCUAAUCUUAAUUUUCUCAUUUUCCAAGCUGGAGCAUUUAUUGCCUCCACACUUCUUUCCUUCGGAUUCUUAUCAUCCGUCCAACAUCUCACCAUGUUAGCGGACUACGAAUCUACUUUUUAACGUACUUUGAAUGAUGACUGUAACGAGUAUGAUGGUUUACCUAUCUACUAUUUCUAUUUUCUACUUUUCUUUUCUUUUCUUUUAUUCCCUAAAUAUAUAUCUUGCCCUGGUCUAUUCAAUAAUCGCCUGAAAAUCUCCCGCGAUUCAGUAGUUUUAUGUAUAACCUACGUUUUUCCUCUUCGAUUUUCCUUAUUUUUGAAUCUCUCCCCCCCUUCUGAUUUCUAUGUGCUCGCUGAAACAUAGUAGCUAGCGCGGUUCCCCUCUGCGGCACUUUUUGAAAUAAUGCUAAUAGUACCUAUUGUAAUGUUUUUUUUUUUAAAAAAAAAAAAACAACUAACUCCUUCCUACGACAUUGAUCCGUCCACCCGGGUUUUUUAAAGUUCCAGAUACUGAAAAAUCUAAAACAUGUUUCUCCCUCCCUCUUUCCGCCUCUUUCGAGUGGCUUUAUCCCAACGCUGUACAUGUGUAAUCUACACGCUGCACUAGCAAGAUAAUUAACAAACGUGCAUGAAUAAUAAUAAUAAUAAUAAUAA